AUGGUUAUGAUGCGGCCAUGGUGGACAGGGGUGGGCCGCUUCCAUUACGUGCUGGUGACUGUCUGCGGCUUCUGCCUCAUCUCCAUGAUUUUCGAGUCUCUGGCGGCGGCCUACGUCACGCCGGCGGCCCAGUGCGACUUCGAUAUGACGUCAUUCGAAAAGGGCUUCCUCAGCGGAACCAUCUACGUGGGCAUGAUCGUGAGCUCGCACCUGUGGGGCUUCGUGGCGGACACGCGCGGCCGGCGGCAGGUGCUGCUGGUGACGCUCGCCCUCAACUUGGUGUGCUCUGUGGCGGCCGCCCUCAUGCCCACGCUGCCUCUCCUCAUAUUCUUCAGGUUCCUCAACGGCGUCUGGAUCUGCGGACCCUCUGCCGUGACGUACGCCUACCUGGGGGAGUUCCACUCGGACAAGACGCGCACCCAGGCCAUCGUCUACGUCUGCAUCUUCCUCUCCAUGGCGCUCCUCGUGGAACCAGUUGAGUUGCAGGUUCUGUCUAAUGAUAGGCCGCGUUACGAUUCAUUACUCCAGAGGAAAACACGAAGACAUAGGAUCAUCAACUACUGUGAGUCACCAUCUGCUUCUGGGUCUCUUCCUGAUCCAGAGCUCAGUGUUUCAGGACUGGUUUGGUCGGUGUAUCUGAAACUCUUGGCACCUCUUACUGAUCCAGAAUUUGACGUUUCAGAACUGGCUUGUGCAGUGAUUCUGCAGAACGGCAGCCCAACUUCUGUGAAUUACUGUCUGCUCAUGGGGCUUCUUCCUGGACUGGCCUGGAUGGUGAUUCAGCAGAACAUGGACAGCCCAGCUGCUGUGAAUCACUAUCUACUCUUCUGGUCCCUUUCUGAUCCAAGGCUAUUUCAUCAUUGGCUUGGUCUCUGUAUCUCCAGCUCCUGGCACCUGUACCUGAUACACUGUGUGCUCAUGUCGCCUCUUCCUGGUCCAGAGCUGAGUGUUGAAGGAUUGGCUUGGUCAGUGUGUUUGCAAAUCCCAGAACCUCUUCCUGAUCCAGUACUCGACGUUUCAGGACUGGCUUGGGCGGUGAUUCCUCAGCCCUGGGCUGCCCCGCUGCCGUGGAUCACGAUGCGGUCCUGGAGGGUUUUCCUGAUCCUGGGCGCUGUUCCCAGCGCCGCCACCUUCCUGGGGCUGUGGCUGCUGCUGCCGGAAAGCCCCAAGUUCCUGCUCGCUGUCGGCAGGCACGACGAAGCGCUCGACGUCCUGCGCGAGAUGUUCGCCACCAACAGCGGCCUCCCACCGGAGAAGUACCCAGUGGCGGCCCUGCAGGGGGACGCGCUGACGUCAUCGCCAGUGGGCGUCAACACCAAGUCGCCGCUGGCCAUCGCGCGCCACAUGUGGAGGCAGACGGUCCCGCUGUUCAAGCCGCCUUACCUGCUGUACACCGUCGUCGCCUGCUUCAUUCAGUUCGGGCUCUACGCCAGUUCCAACGGCUUCCUCAUCUGGCUGCCAGAGUUGCUGAACCGCAUGGGCACGUACAGUGAGGCUUACCCCAACCACUUUGCCACUGUGUGUGACGUCAUCGCCGUGCUGGCGGGCCAGCUGCCACCACCAGUCACUGUGGAACUGCUCCAGGCCAACUACUCCAGUGUGAUGGAGAGCUACACAGCAGCUGAGGAUGUGAUAGUCAGCAACUGGACAGUAGAGCUCCUGAGCGCAGAGCCUGGAGCCAACUGGACUACCACCGUGCCGGACGCGAUGGUGAGCAACCUGACCAGCUGGGUCGGUGACGUCACCACUGGGGCUGCUUCCCUGGAACUGCCUCCAGCACUGGAGGUGUGCGUCGCCACAGUGAACCCAGUGAGCUUCCAGAAUACGCUCAUCACGGGCGCGGGCUUUGCUGUCAGCUACAUCGCCAUCAGCCCCAUUAUCAAAGUCGUCAGCAAGAAGACCAUCCUCGCGGUGUGCCUGACGGUGUCCGGGGCGUGCGGCGUGGCCGUUCUGUGGGCGCAGACCGACCUGGAGGUGCUGCUGCUGCCGAUGGCCUUCAUCGUGCUCUCCGGGAUGUGCGUGUCCGUCGUCAACGUCGUCGUCGUCGAUACCGUCCCCACCUAUCUCAGAGCCAUGGCGGUGUGCCUGUCGCUGUGUUUCGGCCGCCUGGGCACCUUUAUCACGUCCCUCAUGCUGGGUGCCCUCAUAGACUCCAACUGCGUCCUCGCCAUCGCCAUCCUUGGAGGAUACGUCGUUGGUAUGUAG